AGGAGUUACCAGACUAAUGGCGUCGGGAAGGCCUAAGUCCUAUCAGCUUCCGAACCCUCGGUUUUUGCGGGCCCAGUCCGGGCUCUGCUGUCCCUUUCUCAUCCCCUGACCGCCGGCGGCUCUCUGGUUUCUCUGGGCGCCUUUCCUCGGCAUUCCUCCUACGGACCCCGCUCGGCGUGCAUGUGCCGUGUCAGGCCUCGGGCUCAGGGUACCUGCAUGAUCACGCCUCAGUGACCUCUCAGACCAGUGUGGAAGGACUCUCGGGAAGUGCUUAUUCCUUUUUGUGUCUUCAUUAUCAGGCCUAUGGUGGCUUUACUGGUAUUCUGGAAGUGAGGAAUAAUUUUAUGCUCGCACAAGAUGGCAUCUGUUCCAGUGUAUUGCUUGUGCCGCCUUCCAUACGAUGUGACACGGUUUAUGAUUGAGUGUGAUGUUUGUCAAGACUGGUUCCAUGGCAGUUGCGUUGGAGUGGAGGAAGAAAAGGCAUCAGAUAUUGAUCUUUAUCAUUGUCCCAACUGCCAGAUAACUCACGGGCCAUCUGUUAUGAAACGUCGGCGAGGGAGUUCCAAGCAAGAUCUCGCUGUGAGCAAGGAUGUGAGCAAGGAUGUGGGGAAGCCAGUGCAGACAGGCAGCGCAAGUUUCAUUAAGGAAUUAAGAAGCCGUAAUUUCCCCAACGCAGAUGAGGUGAUCCUGAAACCACAGGGGACUCAGCUGACUGUUGAGUAUUUGGAAGAGAACAGCUUUAGUGUUCCAAUCCUGGUUCUGAAGAAGGAUGGGCUUGGGAUGACCCUUCCUGCUUCUUCCUUCACAGUAAAUGAUGUGGAACAUUAUGUGGGAGCAGAAAAGGAGAUCGAUGUGAUUGAUGUGGUUAGACAAGCUGACCUGAAGAUGAAGUUGAAGGAUUUUGUGAAAUAUUACAACAGCCCCAAGAGGGAAAAAGUGCUCAACGUGAUCAGUUUGGAGUUUUCUGAGACAAGGUUGUCAAACCUUAUUGAAACUCCAAAGAUUGUGCGCAAGCUGUCCUGGGUGGAAAACCUGUGGCCAGAGCAAAGUGUGUUUGAAAGACCAAAUGUGCAGAAGUACUGUUUGAUGGGGGUCAAGGACAGCUAUACAGAUUUCCAUAUAGAUUUUGGGGGGACAUCGGUCUGGUAUCAUGUAUUAAAGGGAGAGAAGAUCUUCUAUCUGAUACAGCCUACAAAGACCAACUUGGCCUUGUUCGAGUGCUGGAGCAGCUCCUCUAACCAGAAUGAAAUGUUUUUUGGAGAUCAGGUAGACAAGUGUUACCGGUGUCCAGUAAAGCAGGGCCAGACUCUCUUCAUCCCUACAGGCUGGAUUCACGCUGUUUUAACCCCUGUGGAGUGUUUGGCUUUUGGAGGAAACUUCCUGCACAGUCUAAACAUAGCCAUGCAGCUCAGAGCAUAUGAGAUUGAAAAGCGGCUGAGUACUGCAGACCUCUUCAAGUUUCCAAAUUUUGAGUCAAUCUGUUGGUAUGUGGGAAAGCACUUACUGGACACAUUUCGUGGUCUGCGAGAGAACAGGAGGCAUCCAGCCACUUAUCUGCUGCAUGGAGCUAAAGCACUUAAUACAGCUUUUAGGUCCUGGACCAAGAAAGAGGCAUUAAUGGAUCACGAGGAGGAAAUUCCUGAGACCAUAGUUACUUCUCAGCUCAUCAAGGAUCUAGAUCGGGAAGUCCGACUAAUGGAGGACAUCUUUCAUCAAAACAUUGAGAAGACUGGCAAACUUUUGGGUAUGUCAAGAAGCCCCAUGACCAGCACAUCUUCUCCUGUCAAAAUGUCCCUUCUGCCCAAGGGUCCCAAGAAAAAGGGGGUCAAGUCCAAAGAUUUUGGGAAGAAAGGUGGACGAUGGGGUAAAGAUGGGCUGGAGGAUGAUUCGGAGCUGGUCGAUAUUCAAAAUCAGAGGAAGGCCCUUAUGUACAAGAAAGAAAUGGGGGAUGAUGAUGAUAUUUUGGAUGAUGAUGAAAAACCUGAUGCUUCCCUACUCGAUUCAGAAUUGGCAGAGAGUAAACUACCGUUAGUUUUGUCCAAUGGUAUGAAUCUAAGUGGUAAGAAGGUUUGUGUAGGAGCUGGAAGUAGACACCAGGCUUCUGCCAGAAAAAUUGCAAAAAGUGAACCAGCGGAUCCCGAUAUGUCACCUGUUGACCCUUUUCUCAUGGACUCUGAUGAUGACUUGCAAAUUGAUGAGGCGCCACGCAAGGAACGCAAGCUGGUCCCUCCAAAAAGGAAGCUGCACAAAUUCCCACGCAAGCUUCCACGUGCAAAGCCGUGCUCGGACCCGAACAAAGUGAGAGAACCAGGAGAGCUGGAGUUUGAUGUAGAGGAAGACUACACCACAGAUGAAGAAAUGGGAGAAGGUGAUGGAGACCAGCUUGGCGCUAGCAGUGGGGGUAUAUUAGACCUUCUAAAAGCCAGCAGACAAGUUGGAGGCCCAGAUUACUCUGAAAUAGACGAAGCACCUGCUUCUCCAAGCACCCAGGAGGCCAUUCAGGGUAUGCUGUGUAUGGCCAACUUUCAAGCCUCUUCGUCCGGCACCCCUGCAAGCCUUCAAGCUUGGUGGUCAGCUGGGCAGGAGAGUGGAGCAGUGUCUGGUGUACCACAAGGUGGUAUUAAGGCUGCUGGCAACAAGUCUGGAAAUAAUGGCCCUGGCGGAGGCUCUGGAAACAAAGUGAUUCUGAGGCCAGGAAAGAGGCCGGUCAAAAGGCCUGCACAUCGUAGUAUGGACAGUGAAGAUGAUGAUAGUACUGAUGAGCAGGAAACGCUGGGAGCAUGUUUCAAAGACUCUGAGUAUAUUUACCCGUCUCUGGAGUCUGAUGAUGAUGACCCAGCACUAAGGUCACGUCCCAAAAAAAAGAAGCAGACAGAUGAUGCUCCAUGGAAUCCAAAGGCACGUGUCACUCCAACACUCCCAAAACAAGCCCGUCCGGUUCGAGAAGGAACUCGCGUGGCCUCAGUUGAGACGGGACUGGCUGUAGCAGCAGCAAGGCUAUCACAGCAGGAGCAACAGAGAUCUCAAAAGAAGAAAGUGAACAGCAAGAAAAAGCCUACAAUUGAACCAGAACCUCAAAUUCUCCCAUCAGAGCCUGAGCCGCCGCCGCCACCUCCUCCUGAGCCUCAGAUCGAGGUGUUCUCCGGCAGCCUGGCUGACCAUGAGUACACAGCUGGCCCCAAUAUUUUUGGCAUGGCUCAGGUGAACCGUGGGACUACUCCGAUGGCACCAGGUGUCUUCCUUUCUCACAGACGGCUUUCUGCUACCUCUCCAACAAGUCAAGUAGCUCAGGGAAAGCGACCCAAGAAAGGUUUAGCUACAGCUAAGCAGCGUCUGGGCAAGAUCCUGAAGAUUCACCGGAAUGGAAAGCUUCUUCUGCUGUGACCUCCUACCCCCCCUUACACUCUUGAUGCUGACCCUUUUCUUCUCGAGUGGAUGAGUGGACUUUUAGGGUCAUUGUACAGAGAGGGCAGAGCUGGGUCCCUAGCUGUGCUGAAGACUUAUUUUUGUAAGAACUGCGCACACACACAAACAAACAUGGACUUCUUUUACCGAGAAGUACAAACA